AUGUCUAUCACACACCUCCACCAUUGCAACACUCUCCUAACUACCUGCAAGAACCUAAGAUCCCUAACCCAAAUCCACGCCUCCUUCAUCAAAUCCGGCCUCGACACCGAUCCUUACUUCACCGGAAAACUAAUCCUCCAAUGCUCAAUCUCCAUCCCCAACGCUUUACCCUACGCUCGUCGCCUCUUACUCACUUCCCCUCACCCCGACGCAUUCAUGUUCAACACUCUCAUCCGAGGCUACUCACAAUCCAACGAACCACACAGUUCCGUCUCCGUGUUCGUUGACAUGAUGAGGAAAGGACGGAUCUUUCCGGACAGCUUCACCUUCGCGUUUGUAAUCAAGUCCGCGGCGUGUUUUCGGGGUUUUCGAACUGGGUUUCAGUUGCAUUGUCAAGCUUUGAAACAUGGGUUUGGUUCGCAUGUGUUCGUUGCAACUACUUUGAUUGGUCUUUACGGGGAGUCCGGGUGUGUUGAGUUUGCUCGUAAGGUGUUCGAUGAAAUGCCUGAACGGAAUUUAGUUGCGUGGAACGCUGUGGUUACAGCGUGUUUCAGGGGGGGUGAUGUGUCGGGAGCGGAGGGGGUAUUUGGUAAGAUGGUUGUGAGGGAUCAGAUGUCGUGGAACGUGAUGCUUGCGGGUUACGUUAAAGCAGGGGAGGUUGAGAGUGGUAAAAAGGUUUUUAAGGAGAUGCUUGUUAAGGAUGAUGUUUCUUGGAGUACUAUGAUUGUUGGGUUUGCACAUAACGGUAGGUUUGAUGAGGCUUUCUCGUGUUUCAGGGAGAUGAGGCGAGCAGAGAUGAGACCAAAUGAAGUAAGCCUGAGUGGAGUUCUCUCUGCGUGUUCACAAUCUGGGGCGUUUGAGUUUGGGAAGGUGUUACAUGGGUUUGUAGAUAAAGCAGGGUAUAGUUGGAUAGUCUCGGUGAACAAUGCGCUUAUUGAUAUGUAUUCUAGGUGUGGUAAUGUCCCAUUAGCUAGGUUGGUUUUUGAAAGUAUGGUGGAGAAGAAGAGCAUUGUAUCUUGGACUUCAAUGAUUGCUGGAUUAGCAAUGUAUGGUCAUGGGGAAGAAGCUAUUGGACUCUUCAAUGAAAUGACUGAGUCUGGUGUUAUGCCUGAUAAGAUAUCUUUCAUUUCACUUUUGUAUGCUUGUAGUCAUGCUGGACUGAUCAGAGAAGGUGAAGAUUACUUCUCUAAGAUGAAGAGAGUUUACAAUAUAGAACCAGAGAUUGAACACUAUGGUUGCAUGGUUGAUUUAUAUGGCCGAUCUGGACAACUCCAAAAGGCUUACAGUUUCAUAUGUCAGAUGCCUGUUCCACCAACUGCUGUAGUGUGGCGGACUCUUCUCGGGGCUUGUAGUAGUCAUGGGGACACCGAGUUGGCUGAGCAAGUAAAACAAAGGCUUAAUGAGCUUGACCCAAACAACCCUGGUGAUCUUGUUCUUUUGUCAAAUGUUUAUGCUACUUCUGGUAAAUGGAAGGAUGUUGCUUCUAUCAGAAAGUCAAUGAUUGUCAAUAAGAUAAAGAAGGUAACUGGUUGGAGCUUGGUUGAAGUUGAUAAAGCCAUGUAUAAGUUCACUGCAGGUGAGAAAAAAAAGGGAAUCAUCAUUUCAGAGGCCCAUGAGAAGCUAAAAGAAAUUAUAUUGAGGCUUAAAGAUGAAGUUGGGUAUGCACCGGAAGUUGCAAAUGCUUUAUAUGAUAUAGAAGAAGAGGAGAAGGAGGAUCAAGUGAGUAAACACAGUGAGAAGCUUGCACUUGCAUUUGCUCUAGCUAGAUUGCCCCAAGGAGCAAGUAUCAGGAUAGUAAAGAAUCUGAGAAUUUGCAGAGAUUGUCACAUUGUUAUGAAGCUAGCCUCGAGAGUUUAUGGAGUAGAGAUUGUGGUCAGAGAUAGAAGCCGCUUCCAUUCAUUCAAGGAUGGUUCUUGUUCUUGCCGUGAUUACUGGUAAAAGUUCUGACUACAACGUUCCUAUAUCUCAUGUUUUUGGGGGAAAAUAUAGAAUGUUCAGACAUGGAUUCACAAGUCUUCUCCCCAAUGAGAUUGGUUGCACUGUAGGAGAUAGCCUUUAGGUUUGAAUGAUAUCAGAGGCUCUUGGACAGUUCUUAGAACAGUUCUUCUCGUUAUUGUUUUUACUUUUUAGUAGAGAGAUCCUUGUAGAUC